CAAUUAUCUAAAGAAGAAAAAGAAGAAGAACAAAUAGAAAAUAAUAUAAUGCUAAUAAAUAAUUACGAUAAAAAUAAUGACAAUCAAAUUACAAAUAAUGAUGAUGAUGAUAAUAAUAAUAAUGAUAAUUUUAUAAUUAAUAUAAAUAAUAACAAAAAUAAUAAAAUAUGUUCAGAAUCUCAUCAUAAAUAUUAUCAUAAUAAAUAUGAUUUCAAUGAUUGUUGUAAUGAUUCAUUAGAGCUAUUCGUAGAUUUAAUGCUUUCAGAAAACGAAUAUAUUUUAUCAGGGUUCAGAUUAGAGACUAAAAAUUCAUAUAUAGAAUGUACUAAAAGCAUGUUUACAUUGCAUAAUGAUACAUUAAAUAUAUGGACUCAUUUAGUGGGUGCGAUAAUAUACUUGGUUCUAUUAUUUAAAUCAAUAAAUAUAAUAAAUUAUAAUAAUAAUAAUAACAUAAAUAACUCUACAAAUGACUUUCAAUCAUAUAUAAAUAAUAAUUUAAACUCUGAUGAAAAACAAACAUUAAAUUUUAUUGACUUGCCAUCAAAUUUUAAUUUUUUAUUUUUUUUAUUCAGUUGUUUCCUUUGCUUCACCUCAUCAACAAUUUACCAUACAUACAGAUCACAUUCAAUACCAGUAUUUAGAAAAACAUUAAUGUUGGAUGUAUCAUCAAUUGGCUUUUUAAUUUUAUCAUCUGUUUGUUUAAUUAUCGAUUCAGAAUUAUCAUGUUGGCCAUCUUUCAAAAAGGUUUAUUUAUCAUUGUUUUUAAUUUUAAUUAUUAUAGCACUGUUAUUACUACCAAAAAUUAUGAGAGAAAAAAGAUAUGGAUUUAGAACACUGAUUUUUUCUAUUUUAGCAUUACAAGGAAUUGUUUCUCAUUUACUAAGAAUAUAUAUGCAAGGUUAUUUUGACCAAGAUUUUUAUGUCCUAAAGUGUUUAGUUUUUGCAUAUCUAUUCAUUGGCUUGGGGUUAGCAAUUAGAAGAUUAAAAGUACCUGAAAAAUACUCACCUGGGAAAUUUGACAUUUGGUUUUCAAGCCAUCAAAUAUUUCAUGUAUUAGUUGUAAUUGGUACAAUUCAAAUUUACAAUGCUUUCCAAAGAAAUUACUUAAAUCCAAACCAUAAUGUUGAUUAUGUUAAACAUUGUUUGGGAUUUUAUUAAAUAAAAUAUCUUAAUCAAUCAAAAAUAACUAUCAAUAAAAAACACUCAGCCAGGGUAUAUCCUGGAAUAAUUCUGUAUUGGGUGGUUUAGUUCCAUACAAUUUUUUAAAUGGCACCACUAUUAAUUUUCC